AGUCACCGGUUCCUGGCCAGUAAGCGGCUCCGGAGUAACUACGGUGGCCGGCAGGGGGCGGUGGCGGCCGUUGCCAGGAAUCCGGACACUGGGCUGCGGAGCUGCGGGCCUCGCGCGCGGCAAGCCCGGUGGGGCACGACUUGGGAGGCGCGGCUAAGGGCCAUGGGCGACCGUGGCGGUGCGGGCGACUCCUGGCGCAAGAGGACUGGGUCGCGGCCCUCGGGCCAGGGUGGCGGCGGGCCCGGGGCGGCGGUGGAGGAUGUGAGGGACGCAGUCGCAGGCCCAGACGUAGGAGCCAGAGGGGAAGUGCCGGCCCAAGCCCGCGACAAAGACGGAGACGCCAGAGUGGACAGCGACCCCUUGGAGCUGAGGUGCCAUCGCCUGCAGGAUUCUUUGUUCAGCUCUAACAGUGGCUUCAGCAACUACCGUGGCAUCCUGAAUUGGUGUGUGGUGAUGCUGAUCUUGAGCAAUGCUCGAUUGUUUUUGGAGAACCUCAUCAAGUAUGGCAUCCUGGUGGAUCCUAUCCAGGUGGUGUCUCUGUUCCUGAAGGAUCCCUACAGCUGGCCUGCCCCAUGUCUGGUUAUUGUGGCCAAUGUCUUUGUUGUGGCCGCAUUCCAGGUUGAGAAGCACUUGGCAGUGGGCACCCUAACAGAGCAGGUGGGGCUGCUGCUGCAUGUGGCCAACCUCGUCAUCAUUCUCUGCUUCCCAGCAGCUGUGGCCUUACUGGACAAGUCCAUCACUCCAGUGGGUUCUGUGCUGGCCCUGAUAGUGUACACCAUCCUCUUCCUCAAGCUAUUCUCCUACCGGGAUGUCAACCUUUGGUGCCGACAGCACAGGGCGAAGGCCAAGACUGCCUCUGCAGGGAAGAAAGCCAGUGAGGACAGUGCCCAAGGCAUUGUGCGCUACCCAGACAACCUGACCUACCGUGAUCUCUACUACUUCAUUUUUGCCCCUACUUUGUGUUAUGAACUGAACUUUCCCCGUUCACCCCGGAUCCGAAAACGCUUUCUGCUGCGACGACUCCUUGAGAUACUGUUCUUCACCCAGCUCCAGGUGGGCCUGAUCCAGCAGUGGAUGGUCCCCACCAUCCAGAACUCCAUGAAGCCUUUCAGGGAUAUGGACUACUCACGCAUUAUCGAGCGCCUCCUGAAGCUGGCGGUUCCCAACCACCUCAUCUGGCUCAUCUUCUUCUACUGGUUUUUUCACUCCUGUAUGAAUGCUGUUGCAGAGCUGAUGCAGUUUGGAGACCGGGAGUUCUACCGAGAUUGGUGGAACUCUGAGUCUGUCACUUACUUCUGGCAGAACUGGAACAUCCCAGUGCACAAGUGGUGCCUCAGACACUUUUACAAGCCUCUGGUUCGACGAGGCAACAGCAAAUGGAUGGCCAACACAGGAGUGUUCCUAGCCUCAGCCUUUUUCCAUGAGUACGUGUUGAGCAUCCCCCUGCGUAUGUUCCGUCUCUGGGCCUUUACAGCCAUGAUAGCCCAGGUUCCACUGGCAUGGAUUGUGGGCCGCUUCUUCCAGGGCAACUAUGGCAAUGCAGCUGUGUGGCUGACACUCAUCAUUGGGCAGCCGAUGGCUGUGCUCAUGUAUGUCCAUGACUACUACGUGCUCAACUAUGAGCCCUCAACAGCAUAUGCUUGAGCUGCUCCCAAGUCCAGCUUUUCUUCCCUGUCCACAGCCAUAGCCAGAUGUCUUCUGCCUGGGCCAGGAGUUUUUUAGAUGGCCUGACUGCUUACACCCUUCUCCUGCCCUGGAAGGCCUCUUUGCCCCUAAGGGGCUCUCUCCUCUUCCCAUGACAGAUGUCAGUAGCAGUAGCUGGUGGAGACAGUGUCAGUAGUAUGCUGACCAGGGAUCAAGGGUGUCAAUAAAGUACUGUCUAAUGUAA